AUGUCUACCAAAACGAACCCAGUUACCCCUCCAGCGGUGAUGGAAUCCAUCACGCAACAAAUCGGCAAUACACCUCUAACCCGUCUCAACAAAGUACCUCAGAGGCUUGGUGUCAAAGCUACUGUCUAUGCUAAACUAGAGUAUUUCAAUGCUGGGGGAAGUGUGAAGGAUCGAAUUGCCUUGCGCAUGAUUGAGGAGGCCGAGCGCAAAGGGAAAAUAAAGCCCGGUGACACGCUGAUUGAGCCAACAAGCGGAAAUACGGGUAUUGGGCUUGCUCUUGUUGCUGCAGUAAAAGGCUAUAAGACGAUAAUCACUCUUCCUGAGAAGAUGUCCGCUGAAAAGGUUUCCGUCUUGCGUGCGUUGGGAGCUACAAUUAUCCGAACACCAACAGAAGCCGCUUUCGAUUCUCCAGAAUCCCACAUUGGUGUCGCGAAGAGAUUGGAGAAGGAGUUACCAAAUGCACAUAUUUUAGAUCAGUACGGAAACGAAGAUAACCCACUAGCUCACGAAUAUGGAACUGCGGAGGAAAUAUGGGCCCAAACUGAAGGCAGGAUAACAGCCGUGAUAGCAGGUGCGGGGACGGGUGGCACGAUUACUGGUAUUGCGCGUGGCCUAAGGAAGCAUAAUCCCAAUGUCAAAGUCAUUGCCGCAGAUCCUCAUGGCUCCAUCCUUGCGUUGCCGGAAAAUUUGAACAAGGAACACAUGAACGAGCCAUACAAGGUAGAAGGUAUCGGCUACGACUUCAUCCCUGAGGUACUGGACCGCAGUAUUAUUGACAGGUGGUAUAAAACUGGUGACAGAGAAUCAUUCCAGUAUGCCAGACAACUGAUAGCCGAAGAGGGACUUCUCGUGGGCGGGAGCAGUGGAAGUGCGAUUGCCGGUCUUGCAAAAGCAGCCAAAGACUUUGAUUUUACUGAAGACGAUGUGAUUGUCGUCAUUCUCCCUGAUAGUAUUCGAAGUUAUCUGACAAAGUUUGCGGAUGACGACUGGCUAGCCGCGAACGAUCUGCUGCCGGAAGUCUCACCAGUGGUGGAGCCUUCGUCACCAGAGAUACAACCACGAAGACCUCAGGAUCCAUUCUCCGGAGCCAAAGUUAAGGCGCUGAGAUUAAAGCCAGUUACUACAAUCCCAUCAAAUUCCACAUGCGAGGCCGCUAUCGAGGUGAUGAGAGAAAAAGGUUUCGAUCAACUACCUGUGCUUGCCCCCACUGGAAGACGUUUGGUCGGUCUGGUAACUCUCGGAAAUAUCCUCAGCCGAGUCUCUCACGGGAGAGCCACGAGCAGCAGCCCCAUUUCUAAUGUGAUGUUUGACUUUUCGAAAUUGUCGGAGGUAGUCACGGAUCCCAGAGAUAUCGCAUGGUCUACUCCAGACCCGCUCGCUAGUUCUAUUGGUACUUCUAAAGCCGGGCGGGCCGCGGAAAGGCGUCAUCAAUUUAUUGAAAUAACUCUAGAAACUCCGCUGAAUGCAUUGAACCGGUUUUUCGAAUGGAAUAGUGCGGCUGUUGUUACGGAGAAGGAUGAGCAUGGAGCUAUGAAGCCGGUGGCUGUGGCCACGAAGGUAGAUUUACUAACAUGGUUGCUACACCAGAGUAAAAUCCGGACCUAAUUUUUCUUCCUAUAUGAAUGUUGUUGGCUGUUCUGGUGUUCGGUCUGCUCCAUCCCUGCGACAAGCCACCAUGUGGCUCUUCAGACCUUCUUCCGGAUAAAGCUUUCACUUUGAUAUCGACAUCGAAAAACCAUCCAGAUUCUAAUUUGUUUUCAACAUAAAUAACACACUACUGACUCCUCAUUACCUCCAACUCUAACUGUGGCAUAAAUAAUCGAUUACAAUUAUAUUUAAUUUAACAUCGAACUCCCUACUUCUGAUGAGAUUUCUAU